GCCACACCUCAGCAAGGUUUUUCUAACUUGGGACAGCAAAGUUCAAAGGAACUAACAGACACAAACUGCAAAAGAGUCCCGAACCGAUUGGGGAGGUGAAGCUCGCCAGCACGACCAGCCUCCGGAGCCCCUCGAAACAGGGCAUGGUACUGAAAGGAGGAAAAAAGGGAGCGGACCAUCUUCUAGAACACCUGGAAUGUUAUCCAAGCCUGGAGACAAAAUGAUGAUGAAGGUGAUCCAAGAAAAGUCUUUGAAAGACCCUCUGAAAAAGUGGAGGCUCCACCCAUGGGGAACCACAGCUGACUGACAGUGAAAAGCAAGAAUGAACCUCCAGAGUUCGCCCACCCCUGUGCCCUAUGGAGGCCACCAGUCCUUAAGAUCUCCUUAAAGACAGGAAGGAUGCAUCCUUCCCAGCUAAAACAGCAGACGGAGUACAAAGAGAAGAGUACUUAGAAAAACAGCUGGGACUUCCCAUACUGCCUUUAUUUUGAAAGAUACAAAGACUUCUGCUUCCCAUAAGGGGUUGCAGCUAGAAGACCAUAAAUCUAGCAAUGGAACCUAUAUAUGAAGAAUACCUAGCAAAUCGUGGAACAAUAGUAAAACCUUAUUACUGGCUGAGCUUCUCUCUAGACUGUUCGAACUGUCCUUACCAUAUUCGGACAGGAGAAGAAGCAAGAGUUCCCUAUACAGAAUUUCAUCAGAUUUUUGGAUUCCCUUAUGGGCCAGUGUAUCCUCAAACAAAGCACCUCACGUUUUAUGAGCUAAAAACUUCUUCUGGAAGCCUGGUGCAAAAGGGCCACGCUAGCAGUUGCACUGAAAACAAUACCCAUCCAGAAUCGAUGCUAUUCGAGAUGAAUGGUUAUUUUGACGCAGCCCGACACAAAAACAAUGCUAUCAGGCAUAUCAUUCUGUAUUCCAACAACUCUCCUUGUAAUGAAGCCAACCACUGCUGCAUCAGCAAAAUGUACAAUUUCUUAAUAAUGUAUCCAGAUGUUACUCUCAGCAUUUACUUUUCUCAGCUCUAUCAUACUGAGGCCGAAUUUCCUGCCUCGGCGUGGAACCGGGAAGCUCUCCGGAGCCUGGCCAGUUUAUGGCCACAGGUCACCUUGAGCCCAAUAAGUGGUGGAAUUUGGCAUUCUCUCCUCAACAGCUUUGUGAGUGGUGUCUCAGGACCCACUGUUUUCCAGCCCAUUUUAACCAGGAGAGCACUGGCUGAUAGGCACAACGCAUAUGAAAUCAACAGGAUAACAGGAGUGAAACCUUAUUUCACUGAUGUUCUUCCCCAGACAAAAGAGAAUCAGAACAUAAAAGCUCAGGCGGCUUUAGAGAGCUACCCCUUCAACAAGGUCUUUCCUGGGCAGAAUCUUCAAGUGACACGUGGACAACCGCAACCCAAUCUGACCCCAGACCUCAGAGUUCCUGUCGUUUUUGUGUUGGUGCCUUUCAGAGACCUACCACCAAUCCAUGUGCAUCAAAAUGCACACAAACCCAGGAUUAUUGUGAGGCACUUAAAUAUGCCUCAAAUGUCAUUCCUGGACACCAAGGACCCCAGAAGGCCUCCCAUGGGAACGCCAGUGGAGAGAGUGGCAAUCACGGAGCAGGUUGCAAGUACCAAAGAAGCAGAUGAAAAGAAGAAGAAAGGGAAAAAAUAAAAUCUAUAUUUCUACAACAUGAGACCAAACAAUUACGAGAGGACAAAUUCAAUAGCAAAGAAAAAUCUUGGGUCUGAUCCAAGAUGGGAGAUGAACUGAUACACUAAAAGCAAAACCUGAAAUAUUUGCUAUCUCAACUGCUAUAAAGCUACCCAACUUUUACCAUAAUCCAAGAUGUUUUCAUAAGCAACUUGACCUCUCUCCUUUAUUUUGAAAGCGACAGUAUCAUUAGUACCUUAUUAAUACUUUGGUGUGGAAAAGAAAACGUCAUUAUUCUAGUCUACCCACCCAUCUUUCCAUCGAAAAAGGCCAUGGACUAAACAGCUUCCUAAAUUGGUUUUAGUAUAAAAAUUUACUGUAAAAUUGGAAAACAGCCUGAAGUUACUGACAUUAAGUACUGUCUGCAAAAGCAAAUCAGUGAUUUUCCAUUAAUUGUUAAUCAUGAACAGAAGACCUUAGGCAGUCCAUUUUUUUCCUAAAGUGAUUCAAAAUAGUUUUUUAUGUUAAAAAAAAAAAAAACAAAAAACAAAAAACAACUCUUUUGCUAAUUGAUCAUAUAUAGCUGCAAAAAUUGAUUUUUGAAACCUAGUCACCUGCUCAAUGUUGAUUUUUCCCAGAACAGAUCUCUCCUUCCUGAUCAGACAACAGAGGCAGGAUGAUACAUGAGACCCUGCAAAGGCUCCUUCCAUCACACACCAUGUAAAAUCCAAGCUGCUCUUCCGGGCUGUGAAGGCUCCUUCUCUACCUUCCAGCUGCCCAAUCUCAUCGCAAGAUUGUAAAUUCCUACUGGUCAGGCACCUCCCUCUCCCUCUAUGGUUUUCCCUUAGAAUCUAGCCAAGUAUCCAGGCAUAAUGCAGGUUGCAAGGUUGUGAAUCUACAUCUCAAUAAUGUUACCAAUCACUGCUUUCCAACACUCCAUACUCAUUCCAACAAAGAGCUUGCUUAACCAUCCUGCAAUGGACAUCAUUUCUUUUUUAAGAUUUUAUUUAUUUAUUUGACAGAGAGAGAUCACAAGUAAGCAGAGAGGCAGGCAGAGAGAGAGGAGGAAGCAGGCUCCCCGCUGAGCAGAGUCUCCAAUGCGGGGCUUGAUCCCAGGACCCUAAGAUCAUGACCCGAGCCGAAGGCAGAGGCUUAACCCACUGAGCCAUCAGGCACCCCUGGACAUCAUUUUUUUGUUAGCACCCAUUCCCCCUUUUCCUGAUAUAGCGCCACAAUGCAUAAUUUGUUUUACUUCCCUUUUCUCUAACCUCUUCUCUUUUCAGCAGUGUAUAUCUAUACCGUCUCUUAAAAUCUUGCUCGAAACACACUUCUAGGAAGUGCUCCUUGAAUAACCAUUUGAGCAUGUACAUUAAAACACUUUCUGUUUAAUUCACUCAUUAAUGCGGCCUCACUUUUUUUACAUAUUUCUAAAUAUGUAAAAACAUAUUCCGAGAAAAAUGUAUAUCCAUUUGUAACUGGCUACCAAAUUUUUUCUUUUUUUAAAAAAAAAGAUUUGCCUAUUUUUAGAGAGAGAGAGCAUGCAUGGUGGGAAGGGGCAGAGGGAGGGAGACUCUCAAACAGACUCCCCACUGAGCAUGGCCCUCCCGCCCCCCACCCAAUGUGGGCUCCACCUCACCCGGAGAUCAUGACCUGAGCUAAAAUCAAGAGUCAGACACUCAACCAACAGAGCCACCCAGGCACCCCAAAUUUUUUCUUAAGUAUGUAAAAAUAAUGCUAAGUUAAUAAGAUACUUUUGCCAUUAAAAAAAGCUUAAAGCAGAUGGGGUAACUGAGUGAAGGGCAUUGGGGAAGGUAUAUGUUAUAAUGAGAACUGGACAUUGUAUAAGACUGAUGAAUCACAGACCUGUACCCCUGAAGCCAAUAAUACAUUAUAUGUUACUUAAUUGAAUUUAAAUUUUAAAAAGGAAAACUUUGUUUUUAAUUUUUAAACAUAAUAAUAGGGGUGUUUGGGUGGCUCAGUGGGUUAAGCCUCUGCCUUCAGCUUGGGUCAUGAUCUCAGGGUUCUGGGAUCGAGCCCUGCAUCGGGCUCUCUGCUCAGCAGGGAGCCUGCUUCCUCCUCUCUCUGCCUGCCUCUCUGCCUACUUGUGAUCUCUCUCUCUGUGAAAUAAAUAAAUAAAAUCUUUAAAAAAAAAUAAAAAUAAAUUAAAAGCUUAAAGCACAUAGUAGUACUCCAUGUCAAAGGAGGAAGUGGAGGAGGAGAAGGAAAAGAAAAUAAAAAUGUUUAGAAUAGAAAUUUCUAUUGUGAUUAAAAUAAACAUCAUUAAAAUUUUUUUAAAGAAUAUUCUCUUGUUAAU